AUGGCCGAGACUGCUGCUAAGAAGCUCAAGACCUCGUCCCCCUUGAUCGGGACACACAACGGUCACUUCCACGCCGACGAGGCGCUGGCCGUCUACCUGCUGCGUCUUCUGCCCGACUACGCCUCGUCGCCGCUGGUGCGCACUCGGGAUCCCGCCCAGCUCGAAGAAUGCCACACCGUCGUCGAUGUCGGUGGAGUCUACGACGCCGCCAUCAACCGCUAUGAUCACCACCAGCGAACCUUCUCCACCUUCUUCCCCAACCACGAGACCAAGCUCUCGUCGGCGGGUCUGGUCUACAUGCACUUUGGUCGCGCGAUCAUUGCCCAGCACAUGUCCCUGCCCCAGGACCACGCCGACGUGGACCUGCUGUACGAGAAGCUCUACACGGACUUCAUUGAGGCCAUUGACGCCAAUGACAACGGCAUCUCCGCCUACGACCCUGCCGCCGUCUCGGCUGCCAACCUGAAGAAGCGCUUCAAGGAUGGCGGUGUUACUCUUGCCUCUAUCGUGAACGACAUGAACAACCCCGAUGCGACCAGCCCGCCCGGCGAGCCCCAAGACGAGGAUAGCCUGUUCGGCCGCGCCAGUACCCUCAUCGGUAAAGUUUUCGUGCGCAAGCUGCACCAGGCUGCCAACUCCUGGCUUCCUGCCCGCACCACCGUUGGCAAUGCCUACAAGUCGCGUACCCAGACCCACUCCUCCGGCCGUAUUCUGGUGCUGCCUCAGGGCGGCGUCCCCUGGAAGGAGCACCUUUAUAACUUUGAGAAGGAUUCUUCCAUUGGCGAGGAUAUUGACCCUUCUGCGCAGGUCUAUUACGUGCUGUACCCUGAGAGCGAGGCUCCCGACGCCAAGUGGCGCGUGCAGUGUGUCUCCGAGUCUGAGGGUAGCUUUGUCUCCCGCAAGCCCCUUCCCGAGGCAUGGCGCGGUGUCCGGGACCAGGACCUGGAUGCUGUGAUGGCCGCCGAGGCUGAGAAAGCUGGCCAGGAGAAGCUUCCUGAGGGAGCCGUCUUUGUUCACGCCAGUGGAUUCAUUGGUGGUCACAAGACCAAGGAGGGUGCUAUGGCCAUGGCUGUCCGUAGCCUUGAUCUGUAG